AUGUCCGACGACCCCUCAGGCUGGUCACUGACCGAGUCCGAUCCUCAGGUGUUCACCCAGCUUCUGCGCGAUCUCGGCGUCAAGGGUCUCCAGGUGGAUGACCUAUACUCGCUCGACGCGUCAACGCUGGAGACAUUAAAGCCUAUCCACGCACUCAUCUUCCUGUUCAAGCACGUUGGCUAUGGGGAUGGAUCAGGAUCUAGUGGGGUCGAGGUCGAUCCUUUAGAAAGUGGAGUUUGGUUCGCGAACCAGGUCAUUAACAACAGCUGCGGUACAUUGGCUGCUAUGAAUGCUGUAAUGAACAUCCCCGCUCAGAAGUCCGAGUAUGAGGGCGAGACCAUCGAGCUCGGCGCCGAAUUAGAUAACCUGCGCGACUUCGGAGCGGGCAUGGAGUCCAUGGACCUCGGCCACAUCCUCUCCUCCUCGGACCGAAUCCGAGAGGUCCACAACUCCUUCUCCAAAUCCUCUCCCUUCAGCAUGGACCCCUCCGCCUUCCCCGAGCGCGAGAAGGAGGACGCCUACCACUUCGUCACAUACCUCCCUAUCCAUGGCGUGCUGUAUGAGCUGGAUGGGCUGAGAAAGACGCCUGUCAUGCACGCGGCGGUGGAGGAUGAUUGGGUGGAUACGGCUCGGGAGACGAUUGAGGCGAGAAUAGCGGCCUACCCUGCUGGAUCUCUCAUGUUCAAUCUCCUCGCCAUCAGAUCAGCCGCCGUCCCACGGCUGACUCGGCAAAUUAAUGACGAUGCGACCCCUGCAGCGGAGAAGUACCAGCUCUCAGAUCAGCUCGAGCACGAAAAGUCCAAAGCUGCGCGGGGCAAGCUCGAAAAUACCCUCAGGCAGAAUAAUCUGCUUCCUGUGGUAUUCCAGCUGUUCAAAGAGAUGGGUCAGAGUGGGACUAUGGACAAGACCGUUGAGGACGCCCGGGCAAAGGGUAGGGAGAGAAGAGAAAAGGCCAAAGCAAAGGGCGAGGAGGAGUAG